GUAAAUGUUUGGAAACAAAUACCGGUAUCAGCAACCUACCGGAAUAAUUUAGAUUGCGGUUUGCCCAAGUUUCUGAAAAACAUGAUACCUCAGCAUUGCCUACGGCUGUUUCGACAGACAGCUUUCCUCCGAAGAACAUCUCGAAGUUUUUCUUCUCCCUCCGACACAAUUCGAACGCAGUACAGCAACGUAGACCAGCGUGAAGUGGAAAACCUUUCGAAACAAUCAACCGAAUGGUGGGAUCCGAAUGGUCCCAUUCGGGGACUGCACGCCAUGAACGCCCUCCGUGUCCCGCUCAUCCGUGACGGGUUGAUUGCCACGGGGGUGGUGGAACGUGAUCGAAUUCAAAAACCGGACGUUCUCAGGAAUGUGAAUAUUCUUGAAGUAGGCUGCGGUGGAGGCAUACUUACGGAAGUGCUUGCCCGACUCCAGGCGAAUGUUGUUGGCAUCGAUCCGAGCGAGAAGUUGAUCGGUGUGGCUAGAGAUCAUGCCAAAGAGAACCGCUCGUUGAAGCAAGACCUUAUUCAAUACCACGUAGAAACGGUCGAACAACAUGCAGCCAAGAAUUACGAACGAUACGACGCCGUGGUGUCGUCAGAGGUAUUAGAACACGUUAACGACAAGGUUGCUUUCAUCGAGCAGUGUCUAAGCAACCUCAAGCCGGGAGGAUCAUUUUUCAUCACCACCAUCAGUAAAACGACGCCCUCGUGGUUGGGUGCUAUUGUUGCGGCAGAACAAAUUUUUAAGCUUGUGCCAGAAGGCACACACGAUUGGGAUAAGUUUAUAUCACCCCUUGAUCUACAGAGAAUUCUUACCAGUUACAACUGCAACACUAUCCUAGUGCAUGGAAUGUUUUAUCAGUUUUGGUCGAAUCGGUGGUGCUGGACACAAAAUACUGACAUAAACUACGCUAUUCAAGCUGUUAAAAUUAAAGAAGCAUAAAUUUUAAACUGUUUUAUGUAAGGUUUUCGACUUAAAGCAACGAUAUGUAAUAUAAUAAAAUAUUAAAUAACAACAUAGCUAAA